UGCGUGCAGGGCGUGCAGCGCGUGCAGCACAACAAACAGGCGGCCGUGCACUCCGUGCAGUGACGCCCCCUGGUGUGUGUGCGCGCGCGCAAGGCCGGCAGCUCGGCGCCGUGCACCAGAGGACGCGGCGGAGCGGCGCCCGGCGGGUCGCAGCAGAGAGGCGCCGGCGCCCGGUGCGACGGAUGGGGGGCGAACGACGGCGCGGCCGACAUCGAGGAAGCCGACGAACGACCUGCCCGACCGCCGCGAGCCGUCACCGCACCACCCCAGGGGGUCCGACGGGGCGCAUCGGUUGGGAGCGGGCCUCCCCUGCCCACCCCGUCGUCUGACCCGUCGCCUUCGUCGCUGAAUGGAUAGCGACGACUCGUCGUCCUCCUCGUCGGAAGGCGACUACCGCAACUGGGUGGCGCACAGGUCCCCGCCUCCGACCACCCCCGCCGCGCCCGGGGAGCCCGUCCCCGGCACCAGCGGCACCAGCGGUACCAGCGGUACCAGCAUGAGCAGCGCCGAGGGCGGAGCCGGCGGAGAGACGAUGACGCCAAACCCAAAGCAGGGAGGAGUAAUAGGAGAAGUGUAUUUGUUGCCACAACACCAACCUGCUCCUCAACAUAGGCCAACAUCACUUCCAUCAAGAUCUCUCAAUUACAGAAGUGAGAAGGAAAGGUUGGAAUCAUUUGCUGGCUUCCCAUCCAAUGCAAUGGAUGUGAGGCAGCUUGCUGCUGCCGGUUUCUGGUUUACCAAGAGUGAGGACAUAGUGCGUUGUGCAUUUUGCAACGUUGAAGUGGGACGAUGGGAAGAGGGUGAUGAUCCCAUUGAAGAACACAAAAAGUGGUCAAAAAAUUGUAGUUUCUUGAAACGUAUGGAAGUUGGAAAUAUCCCAGUGGACCCGUCAAAUCCUCCUCCUCUCCCCCCUGUGGAGCAUGGUGGCUAUGAUGAAUGUGGAAUUUACAACAUUAAAAAGUCAGACAAUUGUCCUGUUAUACCUUCCCUUGAAAAAUUAGGAAUUCAAAAGAGGUAUAACCCUGCACAUCCUGCAUAUACAACUUUGGAUGCCCGGAUAGAAUCGUACAAGAGUUGGCCAAUUGGCCUCAAACUGAGACCCCAGGAACUUGCAGAGGCUGGAUUCUUUUACACAGGUCUUGGUGACAAAACCAUAUGUUUUCAGUGUGGCGGAGGUUUGAAGGAUUGGGCUGAAACGGAUGAACCAUGGAGAGAACAUGCCCUAUACUUCAGCAAAUGUGGUCAUGUUGUUCAAACGAAAGGGCGUGACUACAUAGCAGAGGUAUUGGGGAAAAGACCAGCAACUCUCACUCCAGAGGAAAUUCGAGCUCUAGCGAUUCCCAAGGAGUAUUUGAAUGUGGUGCAACAGCAUCCUCUACCAGAAGAGGAAUCACAGGCUAGCUCAAGCAGCAGCAGUAGAAGCAGUAGCAGCAGCACUUCGGAAGAACCCCAACCUGUGUCUGAAACGCCUACCAAGUCAAUAGACAAGCCCACCAAAACAAUAGAAGAUGCUAGGGCAUGUAAAAUCUGUUUUUCUGAGGAAAUUGGUGUGGCGUUUCUACCUUGUGGACAUUUGGUUUCUUGUGUCAACUGUGUGCCUGCUCUUAAAACCUGUGCUGUAUGUCGGGAACCAUUUUCCGCAACUGUUAGAGUUUAUUUAUCUUAGUGAUAACUUUUUAGAUUGUAUAUAUUUUUUUAAAUUAAACUUUAAAAAAAUUA